GAUUUCAGAGUACCAUCAGGCUUCAGUUCCACCUUAGAAGCAGAAGGAGUACGUCCCAGCCGCUCUGUUUUUCUUAAGGAGCCAGGACUAAUACCGAGAAGUAGCAUUUCAGGAUCAAAAGGCACUUUCGGACGCGGGGCCAUGCUCACGUUCAUGGCCUCUGACAGCGAGGAAGAAGUGUGUGACGAGCGGACGUCACUGAUGUCGGCUGAGAGCCCCACGCCGCGCUCCUGCCAGGAGGGCCGGCAAGGCCUGGAGGACGGAGAGAGUGCUGCCCAGUGGCUGAAUGUCUCCAUGGAAUUCUCUCUGCAAAGAACUGAUAACAAAGCAACGAGAAGCCAGGAUAGCGAGGAGGACCACGAGGAGGACCCUGACCGCUAUGUCUGCAGUGGGGUUCCCGGGCGGCCGCCGGGCCUGGAGGAGGAGCUGACCCUCAAAUAUGGGGCAAAGCACGUGAUCAUGCUGUUUGUGCCUGUCACACUGUGCAUGAUUGUGGUGGUGGCCACCAUAAAAUCUGUGCGCUUCUACACGGAGAAGAAUGGACAGCUCAUCUACACGCCGUUCACUGAGGACACGCCCUCUGUGGGCCAGCGCCUCCUCAACUCCGUGCUCAACACCCUCAUCAUGAUCAGCGUCAUUGUCAUCAUGACCAUCUUCCUGGUGGUGCUGUACAAGUACCGCUGUUACAAGUUCAUCCACGGCUGGCUGAUCAUGUCCUCCCUGAUGCUGCUGUUCCUCUUCACCUACAUCUACCUCGGGGAAGUACUCAAGACCUACAAUGUGGCCAUGGACUACCCUACCCUGUUCCUGACCGUCUGGAACUUUGGGGCAGUGGGCAUGGUGUGCAUCCAUUGGAAGGGCCCCCUGGUCCUGCAGCAGGCUUACCUCAUCAUGAUCAGCGCACUCAUGGCCCUGGUGUUCAUCAAGUACCUCCCAGAGUGGUCCGCCUGGGUCAUCCUGGGUGCCAUCUCCGUGUACGAUCUCGUGGCUGUGCUGUGCCCCAAAGGGCCACUAAGAAUGCUGGUGGAAACUGCCCAGGAGAGAAAUGAGCCCAUAUUUCCUGCCCUGAUAUAUUCAUCUGCCAUGGUGUGGACGGUGGGCAUGGCCAAGCUGGAUCCCUCUUCGCAGGGAGCCCUUCAGCUCCCCUAUGACCCGGAAAUGGAAGAAGACUCCUAUGACAGUUUUGGGGAGCCCUCGUACCCUGAAGUCUUUGAGCCCCCUCUGCCUGGCUACCCCGGGGAGGAGCUGGAGGAAGAGGAGGAAAGGGGCGUGAAGCUCGGCCUUGGAGACUUCAUCUUCUACAGCGUGCUGGUGGGCAAGGCGGCGGCCACGGGCAGCGGGGACUGGAACACCACGCUGGCCUGCUUCGUGGCCAUCCUCAUUGGCUUGUGUCUGACCCUCCUGCUGCUCGCCGUGUUCAAGAAGGCAUUGCCUGCGCUUCCCAUCUCCAUCACGUUCGGGCUCAUCUUCUACUUCUCCACAGACAACCUGGUGCGGCCCUUCAUGGACACCCUGGCCUCCCACCAGCUCUAUAUCUGAAGGGAGGCGCGGGCACUGCAGGCUGGAAACUGUAGAAAAUCGUACCUGGACGCACUUGUAUAGUUUUACACUCUAGUGCCAUAUAUUUUUAAGACUUUUCUUUCCUUAAAAAAGAAAAAACGAAUUAAAAAGCGUGUUUACUUCAUGAAGAAGAAGAACCAGCUUUUUGGUGCUAGUUGUUUUGUCACCGGACGGCGGCUCACCCCUCCCGAGCACUGGCUUCACCGACGGAAAACGUGGGAAGUCGGUCCGGAUGCGCUGAGGAAGGACGUGGAAGGGGUGUGGGCAAGGCCGCCGCUCUGGCUUCACAGCCUGGAGUCCUGAGGGCCCCCAAGGAGGAAGGGUGUGUGUGUUCGGGACCAGGAGUUCACGCCCGGGGUGGCACAUAGUGCCUGGUCACUCUGCCUGGAGAAGAAAAGCCUAUUUUCUCUGCAAGGAAAGUCCCAAAUGCUUUGUCUAUGAUGUUGUCAUUAUUUUAUUACCUUUAGAAACGGAGUCCUUGUUGCAGCAGUCACUGCUGAAAAGUGUCUUAAUAUCAAUAAAGAGAUGAAUCCUGUUGGAAU